AGUGAGCAGGCAGGCAGGCAGGGCGUGGGAAGCCGUCAGCACGAGCGGGAGCAGUCAAGUGCGUGGGUUACUUGGUAGCCGACGAGACGGCGGCAGCCACGGAGACGAAAGUGCAGCAGUGUCUCGAACCUAGCAGCUCAAACCGCAGCUUGAGGUCGUGUAGCUCCUCAUCGACUGCAUUUGCCUUGUCCAGUUGCCUCAUGGUGUGUGUGGUAGAAGUAAGAGUAUACUGUGUUGCUGGCUCGAUGUGUGUGCGUUGAUGGAAUGGCGCAGAACAGAGCCCUCCAAAGCGACAAGACCGGCCAAUCUGGAGAUGCUGGUAUCGCUGGCUGGCGGAUGCCGGAAAAUGGAUGGAUGCAAAAGAUGUGCGGGAUGCAGGAUGCGCACGAAAUUGGUCCUCGCCGCCUCCACCUUGCGCAUCGCACUCGGCCUUGGUCAAUCAUCCUGUCGAGCGCUUGCCUGGCAGUGCCAAUCGCCCAAGUCACAUGAAGCCCCCCAAUCACCAGCACGUCCUUGCGACGUCGGCCCGAGCCAUUGUGCUGAGUGGCGGAAGCGCCGUUAUGUCUGAGCAGGAGGCGGGGACAAACCCGGAGAGGCAGUGGCAGGUGUGCUCUGAUCCUCUGUUUCGCAAAUACGCUUUUCAUCCCGAUCUGGGAGCCCUGCCUGAGGUUCGCACCCACGAUGAAGACCUCUGGAUACAACGCCGCAUCCUUCAGCUUCCCCAAGGAAACACCGCUCCCACCCAUCAGCCGCGGCGGAACACCACACGAGCAGUAUGCCGCGGGGUCAGAUAUGCCGGCGGACGACUUUUCAUAUUCGAGCAAGCUCUCGAACGUCGAGGCGCAGCGGAUCAUGUCGGUCCUGCAGGAGAUCGAGCGGAAGCUGAUGAUCAUCGGGAGCCUGCCCGACCACAUGGACAGACGAGUGGCGACGGUGUUCGGCCCAGAUACCGUCCUGGUGAUAACGGUGGGCCAGCAAUCGCAUCGCGUCGUGGUCUCAUCGGUCUCAUCUGCGGUCUCACCUGUGGUGCUGUCCUCUCGUCCAGGAGCAUCGGCUUCUCGAGCAAAAGCUGAAGGCAGUUAGCGACAGCCGAGAAGCGGCACGCGAUCCAGGCAUUGUUCAGUCGCUGACGAACGAAUACCGAGAAUUGUCCAAGCAGCUUCAGUCCUCGACAAAGUCGGUCUGUCG